AUGGCAUUUAAUAAGAAAUAUGCCGGACUCCCUGAUCUGGACCUUGCUCCCGAUAUCUAUGAAACCCCCGAGUUGACUGACGCUGCGACGCUACCGACUACCACAGUACGCUCAUCUUCACCCUUCGACCCAGAACAGUCCUUAAAUCCAGAAAUCGAUGGACGUCGAUUACGAGUUGACGAAGCUCGUUCUCAUUUCGAGCCUGUUCGAGUCGAUGCUAGAGAUGUAGACUUCUCAGACAGCAUUGCAUCUAAGAAGAAAUCUUACCGAACGAUAAGGGGCCCAGGACGUCAAAAUAGAGUGGAGCUGGUACUCGGGGAUCUUAGCGACGAAGAGGAUGAGACUCUUGAAAGAAAGCUUGCUCGGCUACGGAGGGAGACUGAGGAACUAAAGGAAGAGCUUGCUACCAGGAAGGCCCAAAGGGAGGCCGCAGAAGAUACGGAGGAAGUUGAUGCAAGUGAUGACCAUGAUGAAGGGAUCCUGGAGCUUAGUCGGACUUUGGAUACCCUCUAUACUUCUUCUAAAGGGGCCGGUCCCACGGCGGAGGCUGCGUUAUCCCAUAAGCUCUCCACAGACGUACACGACGGUCAGCGUUCUUUGGGCCAGGGUACCAUAAGUGGUGAUGGAUCAUCUACUCCCCAGCCUGGCCCUAACUCCUCGAUUCUAUCACAAGCGGCAUCUUUUGACGCACGGCUUACACUGCUAGAAGCAGCUCUGGGGCUGAAAAACACACCAGUACCAGUAUCACCAGACGACCCUUCGGACAUGGAUAUCCAGCCUAUUCUACCAUCUCUCAACCAUCUUUCCUCUCAGCUCUCGACGCUCAGCAGCACGCUUACCGCUAAUCACAAUCAAUCGACACAUGCCAAUCAACAAUCUGGCCCCUUAUCCGUAACAACAACCCCACACAUUGAAGCAUUGAGCAGUAAAAUCCGCAAACUCACUGCUGACGCCGAAGCGCUUACCACUGCCCGACAGCGAGCAACCGAUGCAGCUCGUGCCGCCUUCUCUGCUCGUAUUGCCGCAGCAACAUCUGAUGAGCCACAACCGUUCAUGGAUCCUACUCUUUCUACCUCCGCGGCAGUAGAGUCAGACGCUGCUGCGUCUGAACAAACUGCCAAAAUACAUGCCUUAUACACAACACUGCCUACCAUUACCUCCUUGCAUCCUUUGCUCCCUAGUGUAUUAGAGCGGUUGCGUUCUUUGCGUGCUAUACAUGCCGGAGCGGCGACGGCUAGCCAGGACCUUGAUGCCUUAGAACAGCAUCAGGCAGAUAUGAAGAAGGAAAUAGAUCAAUGGAAGGAGGGACUAAAAGCGAUGGAAGAGAAGGUCAAGGAAAGUGAGGAGACCAUGAAAGGGAACAUGGAAGUCAUGGGCCCUUGGGUCAAAGAUUUAGAGAAAAGGCUGGACACCUUGAAUCAAUAA